ACCCCGGUUUUCUGCCCUACCCACGCUUGCCCCUCUCGUGUUUUCUUCUUCCUCGUCAGCUUCUCUAGGUGCAGAGACCUUCAUUUUCUUGAACCUUAGCCUAAGAUUCUUGAAUUUAAACCCCAAAUGAUCAUUUCCAGAAGUCUUUUUUCUCUCCACUUCAUGAGAAUCUGAGUUGACAAAGGCAUGCCCUUUUGCAUCCUUAUAAAAAAGGCAUGCCCUUUAACACUUUCACUACCAAACAGUUCAUCAGCUCAAACCUAAUCCCAUGUAAGUCUUUCUCUAACUUCACCAUUUACCACUUCUUUUCAGCUCUUUCCAACCCUUCUCAUACUGACCAUGAAAUAGAAGCUGCCCCUUCUGAUAGUUCUUUUAAAGUUGCCGCAAAUCCCAAGUUGGGUUCUCCUGAAACUGACAUAAAAAUUCCCCCUUUUGAUAAAUCAUUUAAUGUUUCCUCAAAACCCAAGCUGGGUUCUUGUGAAACUGAAAUAAAUUUGCCCCCUUUUGAUAGUUCAUUUAAAGUUGCACCUACACCCAAGUUGGGUUCUUGUGAAACUGAGAUGGAAGUACCAAUUUCAGAUAAGUUAUUCAAAGAGGCCCCAAAGUUAGGUUCUUUUAAAUUGGGUGAUUCUACAUUCUAUUCCCUUGUUGAGAAAUAUGCUAAUUCUGGGGACUUCAGGUCUUUGGAGAUGGUUUUUGAUAGAAUGAAGAGCGAAAAAAGAGUCUUUAUUGAGAAAAGUUUUAUCUUAGUGUUUAGAGCUUAUGGAAAAGCCCGUUUUCCUGAAAAAGCUGUCGAAUUGUUUGAUAGAAUGGUGGAUGAGUUUCAAUGUAAACGAACCGUGAAGUCGUUUAAUUCUGUUCUUAAUGUGAUAGUUCAGGCAGGUUUAUAUCGCCGUGCAUUAGAUUUUUAUGCUCGUGUUGUAAAUAAUAGUAAUAUUAUGCCGAAUGGGCUUUCUUUUAAUUUAGUUAUUAAGACUAUGUGUAAGCUUCGGAUGGUCGAUAGAGCUCUGGAGUUGUUCAGAGAAAUGCCUUCUUGGAAAUGUGAGCCGGAUGUUUAUACGUAUUGCACUUUGAUGGAUGGCUUGUGCAAGGAUGACCGGAUUGAUGAGGCGGUUAUUCUUUUGGAUGAAAUGCAGAUAGAGGGAUGUUUUCCUGUUCCAGUAACAUUUAAUGUGUUGAUUAAUGGGCUUUGCAAGAAAGGUGACUUAGCUCGAGCCGCAAAGCUUUUGGAUAACAUGUUUCUUAAAGGGUGUGUUCCCAAUGAAGUGACUUAUAACACACUUAUACAUGGUUUGUGCCUCAAAGGUAAGUUGGAGAAAGCUGUUAGUUUAUUGGAUAGAAUGGUGUCAAAUAAGUAUGUCCCGACUGAUGUAACCUAUGGAACUAUUAUCAAUGGAUUCGUUAAGCAAGGAAGAGCAGGUGACAGCCUGCAGAUCUUGUUGGCAAUGCAAGAGAAAGGGCAUCUGCCAAAUGAAUAUGUCUACUCAGCGCUAGUUAGUGGGUUGUUUAAAGAGGGAAAACCUGAAGAGGCGCUAAAAAUAUGGACGGAAAUGAUAGAAAAGGGAGUGAAGCCUAAUACAGUUGUUUAUUCUGCUUUUAUAGAUGGCUUGUGUCAAGAAGGCAGACCUGACGAAGCUAAGGAGAUCCUUUCUGAGAUGAUUAAAAUGGAUUGCAUUCCUAAUGCUUACACUUACUGCUCUCUGAUGAAAGGGUACUUUAAAACCGGUGACAGCAACAAGGCUAUAUUUGUAUGGAAAGAAAUGGCGACCAGUGGUAUCACAUGUAAUGAAAUAUGCUACAGUGUACUCAUCCACGGAUUGUGUCAAGACGGGAAGCUCAAAGAGGCUAUGAUGAUGUGGAAGCAAAUGUUAGGAAAAGGAUUGGUCCCUGAUGCCGUGGCUUAUAGUUCAAUGAUUCACGGCCUUUGCAAUGCUGGGUCUGUGGAUCAGGGAUUGAGACUUUUCAAUGAGAUGCUAUGUAGAGGAUCUGAGUCUCAGCCUGAUGUAAUAGCAUAUAACAUAAUUCUUAAUGCUUUAUGCAAGGUGGAUAGAGUUUCUCUAGCAAUUGAUCUUUUGAAUACUAUGUUGGAUCAAGGUUGUGAUCCCGACGCAGUUACAUGUAAUAUUUUCUUGAAAACUUUAAAUGAAAAAGAAAAUGUAUCCCGAGACGUGGAAGACUUCCUGGAUAAGCUGGUGCUGAAACUGUACAGGCGACAGAGAAUUGUAGGAGCUUCAAGAAUUAUAGAAGUGAUGCUUCAAAAAUUUCUUUAUCCCAAGUCCUCUACUUGGGAACUGAUUAUUCGAGAACUCUGCAAACCAAAGAAGGUUCAAGGAGCUAUUAAUAAGUGUUGGAGUGAUCUUUUCCUAUGAUAUUAGAGCUAACUUGAGAUCACAAUGGUGGAUGAAAGAGAGAUUGUGAGCGCGGUGGUUGCAUAUGAGAAGCUUGCAACUCAAGUAGAAAAUGGUAGUAACAAAAUCCACAGGGUCAUCACAUGAUGCUUUCAUGCCGUGCAAGAGGUUGAAGCAUGAAAAAGCAGUAGAAGAUGACAAAAUUUUGGUGGUUGCAGCCAGUGAGAUUACUGUUUUAGUCUGAAAUUGUGACUUUUGGAGGGGCGGGGGGCCAUAUUUUGUCAAGUGGCACUCGGAUAUGUGGCAUGAAAGUUGGUAUCCUGAGAAGCAUAGCUUGUGUUUUAGAAAGUUUCACGAAAAUAUGAAAACGAUACUGGCACUACUAGUUCCUUGAAGUGCAAUGGGGACUCAAGUCCAAGAUUCCUUGCUAUUAGAAUUAUUAUUUUUCGCAACUAACUUGGGAUCACAAUGGUGGGUGAAAGAGAUAUUGUGAGUGGUGGUUGCAUAUGAGAAGCUUGAAACUCAAGUUGACAAUGGUAGUGAGAACUCCACAGGGUCAUCACAUGAUGCUUUCAUGAUGUGCAAGAGGUUGAAGCAUGAAAAAACAGUAGAAGAUGACAAAAUUUCGGUGGUUGCAGCGAGUGAUAUUACUGUUUUAGUCUAGUAAUAUUCAUUUGAAAGUUUUCAAAAUUCAGAUGUUUCUCAGUUUUUGAAUUCUUAAGCUUGUUACCAUUUUCUAGGUUCAUUUAUCCAUCAAAUACACUCUUUUUUUAUGGACAUGAAGCUACAUGAUUUUCAUUGGGAUGAUAUGGAUCCAACUUAUUUUGGUGCUUUUAUGAAUGAUCAUUAUGCAGAAAUUGUAACUUUUGGGGGACAUAUUUUGUCAAGUGGCACUCGGAUAUGUGGCAUGGAAGUUGGUACCGAAGCUUCUGAGAAGCAUUGCUCGGGUUUUAGAAAAGUUCAAGAAAAUAUGAAAAUGAUACAAACACUACUAGCUCCUUGAAGAAUAAGUGCGAUGGGGACUCAAGUCCAAAUUUCUUGGUAGGUGUAAAAAAACUUAUGAUCUGGCUUUUUCCACGUCUUCUUCCGAGAUCUUUGACGACAUUACCUUCUUUGGUUGACG